AUGGAAGGUGGACAAAUUACAAAUAAAGAAGAAGGCAGCAAUGAUAGUGAUAGUGUUGUGAGUGUAAAACAUGAACUUAAAGGUGUUUUAGUUAGACAUAAACGUAUUCACACCGGAGCGAAACCAUUGAAACCAUUUUCAUGUGAAAGUUUUGUACAUAAACGUAUUCACAGCGGAGAAAAGCCAUUUUCAUGUGAUAUUUGUAAUAAAAGAUUUACUUCAUCAACGCAUUUAGUUACACAUAAACGUAUUCACAGCGGAGAAAAACCAUUUCCAUGUGAUGUUUGUAAUAAAUCAUUUACUCAGAAAGGUCAAUUAGUUAGACAUAAGCGUAUUCACACCGGAGAGAAACCAUUUUCAUGUGAAAUUUGUAAUAAAACAUUUACUCAACAAAAUUGUGUAGUUCAACAUAAACGUAUUCACAAUCGAUAAAAAGUAGAAACAAAUUUGUAAAAAAGUAACAUCGCCGUUAU